GAGCCCCUGACUCAAUGCUCCUUUGGUUAAUCAGUAACCAGGGUGGGAGCACCGCGGCGGGCUGGCAGGGUUAAAGUGAGGGAGCAGAGGAGCCAGGACCUCAUUCAGCACCUCGCUCAGCAGCAGCAGACACACACGAAAGAAUAAGGUGACCACCAAUAAAAGGUAAAAUGAAGAUACUGCACUCGCCUCUCGCAGCCCUCCUACUCUGCUGCUACCUCUCAGGAAGCCAAGCCAACCGCGUCUACGUCCACCCCUUCCACCUCUUCGCCGCUGAGAAUGUCAGCUGUGAGACGCUGCAGACACAGACGUCCAAGCCCCUGGAGACACUUCCUGUAGCCCCGCUUGAUAUUGAAGUCCUGACACCAGACAGCAGGGACCCAUUGAAAGUGGAUGCACAGAAGCAGAACAUCACAGUAAGGACGGCGGUCCUAGCAGAGCUGUUGAACUCUCUGGGCCUGAGGAUGUACCAAGCUGUCAGCAGCAAGCAGCGCAGCACCAACACACUCCUCUCUCCGGUCAACACCUUUGGAUCCCUUGUCACCUUUUAUCUAGGGGCGUCCAAGAAGACAGCGAGCUCAUUCCAGCUUCUACUUGGCCUGAGCAGCGGCACCGACCGAGAGGACUGUGUGUCCUUGGUCGAUGGACACAAAGUUCUAAAGACCCUGCAGGGUAUCAACUCACUAGUGGACGACGGACCCAAAGAUGAAAUCACCACCCAGGUGUGGACCUUCACUCGUCAGGAUGCUCAACUCUCCGGGGACUUUAUUCAAGGCACACAGGACUUCUCAGACACAUCGUUUAUCCGCAGCGUUGACUUCUCCAAACCCGAGGAGGCCGAGCAGCUGGUGAACAGCUUUGUGGAGAAGACAUCAGAUGGGAGGGUUAAGGGCAUCUUCAAAGAUUUGAACUCCACAACUGACCUUCUGUUUGUUACUUCCUUCAACUUCCAAGGCAACUGGAGGACAGCUUUUCAACCAGAGAAGACGUCCAUGCAGGAGUUUCACGUGGAUGAAACAACCACAGUUAUGGCUCCACUGAUGACCCACACGGGUCAGUACUACUACCUGAACGAUAAGGUACGGCAGUGCACUGUCGUGAAGCUGUCUCUGAGCAAACGGUCCUACAUGUUGCUGGUCCUGCCUCAUGAAGGGGCAAACCUCCAUGAAAUUGAGUCUAAGCUGCUCACUGACGUUAUGUCUGGCUGGUAUCAGAGCCUCCAGGAAGGUCUGUUGGAGCUGUCCCUCCCAAAGUUCUCCAUGUCUUCUGUUACUGAUCUGCGUGACCUGCUGACCAAAAUGGAUCCUGAAAUUGAGGCAAAACUGAUGGGCUCCCAGGCCGAUUUCAACCAACUCAGCAACAUCAAACCCUUCACUAUCAAUAAGGCGGUCAACAAGGUGAUGUUUGAGAUGUCCGAGGAAGGAGCAGAACUCCAGGACAAGAUCCAGGAAGCGGGCAUCCCUCUGAAGCUGUCCUUCAACCGGCCGUUCUUCUUUUCUGUCAUAGAAGGAGAUUCUAACGCCAUCCUCAUGCUGGGCAAGAUCACCAAUCCUACACUGUAAAGCUAUAUAGUACUUAAAACUCAUUUAGAUCACACCCUUGUUUUCCGACUGAAAUGAUGUCCACAUACAGUACAUGAGUAAUGAAGUACAACCUCACUCAGGAGGUUACAUAUUCAGCAGUGUUGUAGUUUUCAUCACCUAUCAGAUCUCUCCAGAAACCCUGUUUCAGUAUUUAUGAAAAGCUGUUACGUUAAGAUGACUUGUUUGCAAGCAGCCUGAAAUUCCUGAUUUUUUUUCUGUAAAAUUUAUUAUAGCAGAGUUCUGUACAGUAUUUUUCAGUAGAGUAGGUACAGUAACCACAAUUCUCUAUGAUGAAUGACUUGUAUAUUGUAACUAAGAGUUUAUUUUUGUUUUGUUGUGAUUUCUGAAAUAAAACAUUUGUAUCACAA